GAUGUGUAGUUGAUGUGUAAUUUACUUGGGUCAAAAACUCAAAUAAUUUUCUUGUAAUGAACAAAUAUUGCAUUUAAAUCAUAUUCGUAGCAAUUUAAACCCAUUAAUUGUGAAAAUGGAUGUAGCAAAAUCACUGUUUGCCUCUCGAGAUCAUGCUGGAUAUGUUGGAAAGAGCGAACAUAACCGCAAACUUGAAUCUAUUGAUUCAGAAGAGAUCGGGAAUGAUGUAGGAUUCAAAUUAAAUCCAGGUGGGCAAUUCAGUGGUAUUCUACCGUCAUCAAUUAUACCAUCAGAGAUUUUGGAAAAAUCUGACAACGCAGAUCAAGAAGAUUAUCACUUUGAUGAGUUUGGAUUUCGAGUUGAAAAUGAAGAUAAGCCCGAGCCAGACUCUUCGAAGCUUCUAGGCAUUCCUUUCAUAGAAGAUGAAUCAUCUCGCUUAAAAUGGAUUGCUCAUCUUGAGUUCUCAACGAAUUCCAGUGGUGACCUCAAUUUCGAGUCCAGUACAAUUCCAAAGACAGAAAAACUACGAAACAUGGUGAUCUUUGAAGGUAUUCCACACUCAUUGAGACCACAAAUCUGGAUGUGUCUUAGUGGUGCAUACGAAAAGAAACGCAAAUCACAAAGCAGUUACAUGGAAAUCAUUAAAGCUUCCAACAAUGACAAUCUGGUGACAUCAAAGCAAAUUGAAAAAGAUCUAACGAGAAUUUUGCCUUCUAAUUAUUGCUUUACGUCCAUGAAUGGAACUGGCAUACCUCGACUAAGAAGAAUAUUGAGAGGUCUUGCUUGGAUGUUUCCUGAUAUCGGAUAUUGUCAAGGGACUGGUGUAAUUGUAGCUUCAUUGCUUUUGCUAUUGGAGGAAGAAGAUUGCUUUUGGUUGACAGCAACAAUUGUUGAAGAUCUCUUACCAGCUUCAUACUACUCUUCAACAUUACUUGGAAUACAAGCUGAUCAACGAGUGUUACAAACGCUUAUUUCCAACUAUUUAUCGCCAGUUGAUGAAAAGUUGAAACAACAUGACAUCGAAGUAUCGUUAAUAACAUUCCAAUGGUUUCUGACGUUAUUCGCCAGUGUUGUUCACAUGAAAAUCUUGUUGAGACUUUGGGAUUGGUUCUUCUGCGAUGGAUCCAUUGUUCUCUUUCAACUUACAUUGGGAAUGAUAAAACUUAAAGAAUCUGUGCUUGGAACUUUGGAGAAUUCCGCACAAAUUUUUAAUGCCUUAUCAGAUAUUCCAGGAGAAGUUGAAGACGUCGAUAAUCUUUUCAAAGUUUCACUUGAAAUUGGUGGUUCUUUAAAUCAAAUGGUUAUCGAUACACAUCGACGACGGCAUUUAGCUUAUUUAAUGAUUGAUCAGGGUGCAUUAGUUGGAAACUUAGAGUCAAGUCCAAUGCCGAACUUACCAAAACAACAUUUAUCGAAACGUGAAGUUAAGAAGAGUAAGUCGAUGAUUCAAAUGCUUCUCUUUGGAACUGAUGAUGGAGAUGAUGAAUUAAAGACAAAGAAUAUUAAAAACUCGGAAAUCGUUGUUGAAUUACGCGAUGCUAUAUUGAAAGUCGCUCGCCAUUUCAUAGCCAUUGAACCCAAAUUAAAUGGACAUAUAAAUCUUCAAGCUGAUUAUUCAGCAAAUUCUCAUGUCAAAGAUCAUGAAAAUUAUGUGAAUGUUUCAAGAAAUCGUCGACGACGUGCAAAAGCACUUCACGACUUCGAGCGACAUGAUCCCGAUGAACUUGGUUUCAGAAAGAAUGACAUCAUAACGAUCAUAAGUCAGAAAGAUGAAGAUUGUUGGAUUGGAGAAUUGAAUGGUUUGACUGGUUGGUUUCCAGCCAAGUUUGUCGAGCUUCUCGAUGAAAGAAGUAAAAUUUAUGUAGCAGCAGGCGAUGAUAGUUUAUGUGAGACUGUAACUGAUCUCGUGAGAGGAACUUUAUGCCCCGCAAUUAAACAAGUUCUCGAAUACGGAAUGAAACGUCCAACAUUUUUAGGUGGUCCAUGUCAUCCUUGGUUAUUCAUUGAAGAAGCGGCAAAUCGUGAAGUGGAAAAAGAUUUCGAAUCUGUUUAUUCACGACUUGUUUUAUGCAAAACUUAUCGGCUUGAUGAAGAUAUAAAAGUUUUAACGCCAGAAGAAUUGCUUUUUCGAUGUGUGCAAUCAGUCAAUCAAUCCCAUGAACAAGCGCAAAUGGAUGUGAAAUUAAGAUCUUUGAUUUGCAUGGGAUUAAAUGAACAAGUUCUUCAUUUGUGGUUCGAUGUUCUCUGCUCGUCUGAUUCCGUACUUGAAAAAUGGUAUCAAAAGUUUUCUUUCAUGAAUUCGCCCGCUUACGUUCAAAUCAAAUACAUGAAUGAAGACGCUAGUAUUUAUCAAUUAAUUUGUCGUUUAUGUUCAAGUUUAACUAAAGAAUCCCAAGCUGAAGAAAACAGUUUAAGUUUGAAUUGUGCAAAGCAGAUAGCGUUUCUUGAAUUGUUAAAAAGUAAUGGAAGCAGUGAAAUUUAUGAGAAUGAAAAGCUUGAUGAAGAAUUUGAAAAAGUGACAUUUGAGCUUGCACUUGCUAAUCGUGAAAAGGAUUCAAAGCAAUUAAUUCACUUCAAUAAUGAAAUUAAUAAGAAAUCUCAAUUAUUUAGCUCAGUUUGUUGGCUGUUGUUUUAUUUACGAAAUAUCGAUCCAGAUGUUACUCCUGAUAAGCUUGAGAAAAACUUCUUUAAAAUAUCUUCCAACAUCAAUCGUCUUAACAAGAAGAAUGUUUAUCUUCCUCACUCACAUAAGAUCUUCAUUCAACUUUCAACAAAUGCAAUCACUCUUGACGAUGAUUGUAGUUUCUUCAGUGACAUUUUUGAUUCAUACAAUGGAAGUAAAAAGAAAAAGAAUCAACUUGUUUCGAAUACUUUGAAGUUGAAUGAACUGACAAGACAAUCCUCAGAAACAUCUAAAAUUUCCUAUAAGAAAAUAAAAACUUGGGAAAAUUUAGAAACAUAUGAUGAAAUUGAGAAGAGUUUUAGUUCUGAAUCCCAUCCACACUUUUACGAAAGAUUAACUCUUUCAGGAAUAAAGGCACCAGUUGAGAUUAAGAUGUUAUCAUUGGAAAAAAUAUUGAACGACAUUAAACUUCUUUCCAUCGGUAUUGAGUCGGAAUCAUUCAAAAGAAUUAUAGAAGAAGAUAAUCUAUUUUAUGUGAAAGAAAACUUUAGUUGUGAAAACAUAUCUGAUAUAAGUCAUUAUGUGGAAGAAUUUUUGGAAGCUGGAACAUGUUUUAGUCGACUAAAAGCUUACAUAACUAAAAAUAGUGACACUCAAACACAUAUACAUGAAGGAUACGUCUUUAAAGCAUUUUGUGACUCUACAAAUCGCUUUAUCAACUACUACAGAGAUUUCUUUUAUUCACAAGAAGUUGAAACUUUCUUAGAACUUUCAGUAAAUACAAGAUUUAUCAGAAAUAUUUUAAUUCAUAUCACAAAAUUUCUGAGAAUUCAUCCAAACUCUUAUGAUCGUGGAAAGCUUAGGAAUGUAUCAGAAUUUCUGAGUUUACUCUACAAUGAAUAUACUUCAAUAUUUGAUCAUGGCAUUAAAAGCUUUUUCGUUGAAUGUCUGAAGUCGUGUUGUCAGAUUUAUUUCAACAAUUUUCACAAAUGGCUAUUUCAUGGAAUUAUCGAUGAUCCAAGUAAAGAACUUUUCGUCUACUUCAUUGAUCAUUAUCAACCUGACACGAAAUAUUUCUUUGACCGAGCUUAUCAGAUUGAAAAGGAUUCUGUUCCAGGAUUUCUUCAUGGUUGUGCUGAGACAAUUUUAUUAUGUGGUAAAUACACGAUGCUGCUAAAAUCCUACAAUCAAAUUCAUCCACUUUUCAUGCUACAUAAACCCCCACUUAAAGUUUGUCUCACCAACGAACAACUGUCAGAGAUACGAAGUGAAUGCAAGUCUUUUGCAAAUAAAGCACGAGAUGUUUGUGGCGAAAAAAUUUCUUUUUCAACAAUCAUCGAUGAUAAAAAGCAAAUGAAAAAAGAUAAUUUGAAGAAAUCUGAAACAGCAUCGUCAAAAAACAUUCAAAAAUGGAGACAAGAACAGGAAGUUCGUCGUGUUGAACUCGCAGAAAAACGUGAAAAUCAAAUGAAAUGCUUACAAGAUGAACUCAGAAGAAUCGAAGAGAAUAAAAUUGUUAAACGAAUGGAAUCCAUUCAAAGUGAAUAUGAUUACAUGAGAGAAGUUGAUAAACUUGAGGAAGAUGAACUUAAAAAAGAGAAUAUAGAGCUUCGAAAUAGUGUUGAAUGUUACGAGAAAUUGAGUCAACAGAUUGACGAAGAAAAUGUUAUUCGAGAUAAACUCGUAAGUGAUCUGAAGUCAUCCUUAGAAUCAAAAGAAAAAAGUUCAACAACAAAUAAGCAAGAAGAUGCUCUCAAUGCCAACGACAAGUCGCCUAAUCAAUCAACUGAAAUUACAUCGACAAUAACUGAUGAGAUGAAUAAUAUUGUUGUAACUACGACAACUAUGACCGAAGCUCAACGAAACAAAUUGAAAAUUAUGUCGCAUGAAUUCAAUUUAUCGCCUCAAGUGGAUUGCGAUGAGACGAAGGAUGGGAAUUCAGUUAAAGAAAUGACAAUAAAAUCAUUGACCGAUGCUCAAAAGAAUAAAAUGAAAGUUCUCGGCCAUGAAUUUGGAUUGGUUGAUGAAAAUAAAAUAAAAUCGUUACCAAAAAUCAACGUUGAACGAUGUGAAACAUUAAGCGAUUUACAAAAAAAUCGUAUUAAAGUUCUAUCUCAUGAAUUUAAUCUCGAAAGAGAAAUCUCACCACCAACAAUGACAUUGAACAUUUCAGAGACUGAACAGUCAAAACAGCAACAACUUGAAUCGCCAAUGUCAAUUACAUCAGAUCAUUUUUCAAAUGAUUCAGAAAAUCACCGUGUCGAAAGUGAAAAUAAAUCACCAGAUGAAUCAACAGAAAUGGCUAAAAUUUCCAAUGAUGAUGAUGAUGAUGAAGAGCAAGAAGAAAUGCUUCGAGCAUUUCAAGAUGCAAUUGAGAAAAAUUGUUCUAACUUCAUGAGAAUUAAUCUCGAUGAGAAAAUUGGUCGACAAUCGUCGGUUUCUUAUGACAAUAUAAGAACGACUGACACCAUGGCCAUGUCGCAGUUUCUGCAAUUAUCACUCAUGCUUCCGGUUAACACUUACAUGGAAAUUCUUAACAAUGAAACGAUGAAAAUGUUUAUUAAAGAUCUCGACAUUCUCUCACAUUUUAAGAGUUUAAGAAAUUAUUUUCUGAUGAUGAAUGGAGAAUUCGGAUUGAGUGUUUGUGAUCAGUUAUUUAACAAAUUGGAAAGCGGUGUGAGACCGUCAGAACUUCUGAAUUAUCAAUCACUUCAUAUGAUAUUGAAUCAAGCUUUGUGUCGUUCACGACAUGAUCCAAAUACUGAAAAUGUUUCUUUUAUAGUCACAAACAUUCCGGAAAGGUUUGAACUUUACUCUCCCACUGUGUUGAACAUGCUGACGAUGAGUUACAAGUUGAAAUGGCCAUUAACUCUGAUUCUCAAUCCGGAAACUAUGGAACAGUAUCAAGCGAUAUUUAAUUACUUGUUAAAGCUUAAACGAAUCAGUUGGGUUCUUGACGAGUGUUUCCAAUUAAUAAAAGAUGCUGGCAAGAAGCAUGGAAAUCUUCUUUUAAUCUCACGUCAGUUUCGAAAUGUUCAAUUUCUUCGCCACAAAAUGACGCAUUUUUUUCACACUUUGGAGAAUCAUAUAACGACAAAUGUUCUGCAAAUAUCAUGGAAUGCUUUCGUUGAAGAUUUGAAGACAGCAAAGUCGAUUCAAACAAUUUAUAGAAAGCAUACAAAUUACCUCAAACGUGUUUUCUUCCUUUGUUUGAUCAACAAGAACGCUUUUGAAUUCCAGAAGGGAAUUGAGAAUUUGUUUAAAGUCAUCUUGAAGUUCUACAAACAUUUGAAAUCAUCAGAAUGGGUGAAAAAUGGAAAUUAUUUCCAGACUUCAAAAUUUCUCAAAUUGGAGGCAGAUGCAGAUGACUUUGGUCGUUCAAUGAAAUAUUUACAAUAUGUUGGCAACAAACUCACUCGACGAGAAUACCAAAAGGAGCUUUAUGAUUUGUUGUAUUUAAUCAACAUCAAUGAAUAUUAUUCAGAAACAAUCGAUAACUCAAAUUAUUUUUAAACUAAACUUGUUUAGUCAGGGGUUCUCAAUCUUUCUUGGAUUUGCAGAACUUUAAGUUGAUGUUUUUGUUAUUAAAUCAGAGAUAAGAAUGCAUUAUGCAUUUUAAAAAACUUUGAGAAUUUAAGUUAAUAAAUUUAAUUCUAAAGUUUACGUGAACAAUAAGUUGAGAACCACUGCCAGAAAAUAAUUUGCAAAAUAUCUGAAAAGCACAUUGUAGAUUGUUUAAAACGAUAUGAGAUAAACAUCCAUACGCUUAAUAACCCCUAAUGAAAAUAUUUGUUUGUUCGUUUAAGCGAUGAAAGAAUCUCGUGAUGUUAAUAACAUGUUCCAAACUUACUUUUGCACGUAAAUUCUUAAUUCAUUAAAUAGGAAAUCACUUUCAACUAAACUUGUGAAAAUAAUUGUUGAUGUUAAAUAUAAUUAAGUGUUUAUCGAAAUCAAUCACGAUCAAGGUUUGACCACCUCAUUCCAAAUGAAUUUAGAAAGUUUUCAAGUCAAACCGUAAUCACAAUUUUCAAAUAAAUAAAAUUCAAUCACAAUUCAAGAAUA